GUACCAGCCCCACCUCUCUAUCCCCCCUCGCAGCACCCCCCACCUCCGUCCCGCCUCGCCCCGCCCCCCUCCUGGCACUCCCAGCGCGCAUGCUCUCUCCCCCCGCGGAGUAACCUGGAGAUUUAAAAGCCGCCGGCUGGCGCGCGUGGGGGCAAGGAAGCGGGGGGUGACCAGCCUGCACGCGCUGGCCGCGGGUGACAGCCGCGCGCCUCGGCCAGGAUCUGAGUGAUGAGAUGUGUCCCCGCUGAGGUGCCCCACAGCAGCAGGUGUCCAGCAUGGGCUGAGAAGCUGGACCGGCACCAAAGGGCUGGCGGAAAUGGGCGUCUGGCUGACUCCUAGGCAGUUGGUGGCAGCAAGGAGAAGAGGCCGCGGCUUCUGGAGCAGAGCUGAGACGAAGCAGUUCUGGAGGGCUUGAACGGCCCCCUGAGCCCUACCCGCCUGGCCCACCAUGGUCCAGAGGCUGGGGGUGAGCCGCCUGCUGCGGCACCGGAAAGCCCAGCUCCUGCUGGUCAACCUGCUAACCUUUGGCCUGGAGGUGUGUUUGGCCGCAGGCAUCACCUAUGUGCCACCUCUGCUGCUGGAAGUGGGCGUGGAGGAGAAGUUCAUGACCAUGGUGCUGGGCAUUGGUCCAGUGCUGGGCCUGGUCUCUGUCCCGCUCCUAGGCUCAGCCAGUGACCACUGGCGCGGACGCUAUGGCCGGCGGCGGCCCUUCAUCUGGGCGCUGUCCUUGGGCAUCCUGCUGAGCCUCUUUGUCAUCCCGAGGGCCGGCUGGCUGGCAGGGCUGCUGUGCCCGGAUCCCAGGCCUCUGGAGUUGGCACUGCUUAUCCUGGGUGUGGGGCUGCUGGACUUCUGCGGCCAGGUGUGCUUCACCCCACUGGAGGCCCUGCUCUCUGACCUAUUCCGGGACCCGGACCACUGUCGCCAGGCCUACUCCGUCUAUGCCUUCAUGAUCAGUCUUGGGGGCUGCCUGGGCUACCUCCUGCCUGCCAUUGACUGGGAUACCAGUGCCCUGGCCCCCUACCUGGGCACCCAGGAGGAGUGCCUCUUUGGCCUGCUCACUCUCAUCUUCCUCACCUGCGUAGCAGCCACACUGCUGGUGGCAGAAGAGGCAGCGCUGGGCCCAGCCGAGCCCACAGAAGCACUGUCAGCCCCCUCCCUGCCGCCUCGCUGCUGUCCGUGCCGGGCCCACCUGGCUUUCCGGAACCUGGGCGCCCUGCUUCCCCAUCUGCACCAGCUGUGCUGCCGCAUGCCCCGCACGCUGCGCCGGCUCUUCGUGGCUGAGCUGUGCAGCUGGAUGGCACUCAUGACCUUCACGCUGUUUUACACGGAUUUCGUGGGUGAGGGGCUGUACCAGGGCGUGCCCCGAGCUGAGCCGGGCACUGAGGCCCGGAGACACUAUGAUGAAGGUGUUCGGAUGGGCAGUCUGGGGCUCUUCCUGCAGUGUGCCAUCUCCCUGGUCUUCUCUCUGGUCAUGGACCGGCUGGUGCAGCGAUUUGGCACCCGUGCAGUCUAUCUGGCCAGUGUGGCAGCUUUUCCUGUGGCUGCCGGUGCCACGUGCCUGUCCCACAGUGUGGCCGUGGUGACGGCUUCAGCUGCCCUCACCGGGUUCACCUUCUCAGCCCUGCAGAUUCUGCCCUACACACUGGCCUCCCUCUACCACCGGGAGAAGCAGGUGUUCCUGCCCAAAUACCGAGGGGACGCCGGAGGCGCCGGCAGUGAGGACAGCCUGAUGACCAGCUUCCUGCCAGGCCCGAAGCCUGGAGCUCCCUUCCCCAAUGGACACGUGGGUGCUGGAGGCAGUAGUCUGCUCCCACCUUCACCUUCGCUCUGCGGGGCCUCUGCCUGUGACGUCUCUGUGCGCGUGGUGGUGGGUGAGCCCGCUGAGGCCAGGGUGGUUCCAGGCCGGGGCAUCUGCCUGGACCUUGCCAUCCUGGAUAGUGCCUUCCUGCUGUCCCAGGUGGCCCCGUCCCUGUUCAUGGGUUCCAUUGUCCAACUCAGCCAGUCUGUCACUGCCUACAUGGUGUCUGCCGCAGGCCUGGGUCUGGUCGCCAUUUACUUUGCUACACAGGUAGUAUUUGACAAGAACGACUUGGCCAAAUACUCAGUGUAGAAUACUUCCAGCACAUUGGGGUGGAGGGCCUGCCUCACUGGGUCCCAGCUCCCUACUCCUGUUAGCCCCAUCGGGGGGCUGCUGAGCUGGCCACCAGUUUCUGUUGCUGCCAAAGUCGUGUGGCUCUCUGCUGCCACCCUGUGGCGCUGAGGUGUGUAGCUGCACAGCUGGGGGCUGAGGCUUCCCUGUUCUCCUCUUCCCAGUCUCUAGGGCUGCCAGACUGGAGACCUUCCAAGUGGGUUUCAGUCUGGACCUCUACAGGGAGGCCAGAAGGGCAGGGCAUUUGAUUCACUCCAUACACUGGAAUGCGGGGACUCUGCGGAUGGAUUACCCAGGCUCAGGGUUAACAGCUAGCCUCCUGGUUGAGACAUACCUAGAGAAGGGUUUCGGGAGCUGAAUAAACUCAGCCACCUGGU